GGUUGGUCCGAUCUGACUUCAGUCUCCAACUGACAAGCAGGCUGUAACGAUCCUUCAUCGAUCAUCGAAGGAGUUUCACUCACGCCCGAAGCUUUUUUUCUACCAAAUUUUCUCAAUAUUUUUAGUUUCGGUCGACUCAAAAAUCUUACAAUUUUAACACACGUGUUUGCGAUGUCGAGGAGGAGCCAAUUUUUUGCGGUAUUGAAGAUUCUGUGAUAAAUUUAGGUAAACCGUAGAACAAAUGUGACCGGAUACUUGUGGACUUGAAUUAUUUAUUGACUCCUGCAGCAACGUGUGCAUAUAAAUAUCAAUCAGUUAGAAAAUGUUCCCAGUGCCAAGACAAGAGCGGAUUGAUCAGUUCCCGAGACACCGAGUGCAGUAUUUAAAGCACAUCACGAGUCAAUAAUUAAGAGUGUUUCAUCAAAUUGCGCUUGCAACAAAUUACGGAAGGCAUUGACGUUAGAUCCUAGUGCGCGUUUUGAAGCAACUGCCAUGCCUUGUCCGUUAACAAUAAAUUAUGCAUCUCACGCAAUUUCCGCCCGAUACGUUGGUCUGCUAAUCCAGCAGUAAAUCUCCAUCCUGCAAAGUUUGCCAACGUUUAACGUGGUCACAAUAAAUAUACAGUAAAUACAUAUAAGGAUUACAGACAAUAUUCGCGAAUCACACGUUGACUCGUCGUAUAUAUCUAUACGUAUACUUGUACUUGAACCUGGUACGAAAAAUUUGAAAAUGUCCUUGAAAAUUUUCGCAAUCCUUUGGCUGCCCCUGAGGUUGGGCUGCUGUAUGGAUUCUUUGGGAUUGUUCGAGAACGUCAUGAGGCGAUUCUACCAGUUCCCUGCACCAACCUCGGAGGGUUUGCUCGAGGACGAGAGUCACGUACCGCCGGAGUACGACUUCGUAAUAAUCGGUGCGGGUUCGGGAGGAUCAGUCCUGGCGAAUCGUCUGACGGAAAUUCCAGGAUGGAACGUGCUGGUGUUGGAGGCAGGCGGGGAGGAGAUAUUCCUGACCGAAAUACCUCUGCUGGCUCCAGUACUGGACGUGACAUCCUUCAAUUGGGGCUACAAGACGGAGCCGGGGUUAGCGGACGACAAGGGCAAGGGUGGUUUCUGUUUGGCGAUGGAAGGCGGCAGGUGCAAUUGGCCUCGCGGCAAAGCAGUCGGCGGGACUUCGGUGAUAAACUACAUGAUGUACACGCGGGGUUCCCGGGGUGAUUACGACGCGUGGGAGUCGAUGGGAAACCCGGGAUGGAGCUUCCGUGAAGUCCUGCCGUACUUCAUGCGCUCGGAGAACAUCCGGAUCCCGAAAUUGGACCGACGGUAUCACGGAACUGACGGCUUCCUGGACGUUGCUCACUCACCGUACGCCUCGAAAUUGCGGGAUGCUUUCCUCGGGGCAGCGGAUGAGAUGGGCUACCAGGUUAACGACUACAACGCCGAGCGUCUCCUGGGCUUCUCGGUGGCACAGGCGAACCUGAGAAACGGUCGUCGAGUCAGCGCUAGCAAGGCCUUUCUAAAGCCCGUAAGGGACCGGCCGAAUCUCCGUAUCUCGAAGGCCUCCAGGGUGACCAGAAUCGCUCUUGACUCUCAACGACGACGCGCCAUCGGCGUCGAGUUUGUCAGGAAUCGGCGACGCCACUUCGUCAGGGUCUCGAAGGAGGUCCUCCUAUGCGCCGGUACUCUCAACUCGCCCCAGCUUCUCAUGCUCUCUGGGAUCGGACCCAGCGAGCAUCUCCGAUCUAUCGGCAUUCCCGUUGUCCAGGACCUUCCGGUCGGCCUGAACCUGCAGGACCACGUCAGCAUGUCCGCCCUAACGUUCCUCGUCAACGAGAGCGUGACUGUCGUUGAGGCCAGGAUGGCGUCCAACCCCGCCAACGCCCUAGACUUUUUCCUCAGGGGUACCGGGCCCCUAACCAUCCCUGGAGGCGCCGAAGGACUCGCUUUUCUCAACACCAACCGUCCCGCCAGAUCUUUGGGCUCCAAAGACCGAAGACCGGGAAAUUCGCUCUUCGGUGACGACGACGAGCCAAACGUUUUAGCCGAAAACGACUCGGACCACUCGGACAUAGAGAUUGUCAUGGGACUAGGCGCGCUGACCGGAGAUACUUCCGGCAGUGUCAGGAGGAUCCUCGGACUGAGAGAGGACUUCGUCAAGGAAGUCUUCGGUCGCUACGAGGGACACGACGCGUUCACUUUGGUCCCGAUCCUGCAGCAUCCAAAGAGCAGAGGUAGAGUGACGCUGAAGAGUGCCGAUCCUUUUCACUGGCCGAAACUCGAGGCGAAUUAUUACGAGGAACAGGACGACUUGGACACCAUGGUUAGGGGCAUAAAAAAGGCAAUCGAGCUGGCCGGAACCAAAUCCUUCAAGCGCUACAACGCCACUCUACUUCCGGUCGCCUUUCCCGGAUGUCGCGACGUCCGAUUCAACUCUGACCCUUACUGGGCUUGCGUCUCUCGCCAAGUGAGCACGACCCUCGGGCACUUUGUUGGUACCUGCAAAAUGGCACCGAGGGAAGAUUUCGGCGUGGUCGAUGCUCGCCUCAGAGUUUACGGGAUCAAGGGUCUCAGGGUCGUCGACGCCAGCGUCAUGCCGACGAUAAUAUCCGGGCAUACAAACGCCCCGACUUUCAUGAUCGGGGAAAAGGCCAGUGACAUGAUUAAGCAGGAUUGGGGGGAGAUCGUACGACCGUCGAGACUGUAAAUCGUUGUAAUUUCCUUUCCGAAAUGAGCGCGAAAUCAAAAUAUAAUAUUGUCCAGUGUAUAUAACGAUAGCUUGUAAGAAUUAAGCGAAUAGUUAAUGAACUUGCGGAUUAUUUGUUUAAGUUUAUCCCUUUGCCAAUCAACUAUGAAUGAGACCACUGUUUGAAAUGAAAAUUAGGUAAAGAGAGAGAGAGAGAGAGACGGAGAGAGAACAAAGACGAUGGUGAACACGAAUUAAACUGUAUACAUAAGAUAUAACAGAAAUGAAUAUUAUAGGUGCAAAUUCGAAUAAUAAAAGCUAGUUAGUUAUCAACAAUUUGAGAAAAGAUUUCAUAAUUAGGAAAAAAAACUGAUGUUUUUGAUUCGGUUCUCAAGUUUUUUGACUCAUUAUUUAUAGCCGAUUAUUGACAUGAUGUCAGUUUUUCAUCAUCGUUCACGCGAAUAAAAUGACUGGAGAUUUUUCUAACAGUUAUUUCUCUUACCCAUUAGCUUUUGAUUUACACUCUGGAUCCCAUUCCCUCUUAUUCC